AUGAAGAGGAAGAGAGGCGAGCCUGAGCUGGAGUACGGGGCCUCGUCCGAGGUGGAUGAGAGGUCCAACGAGAGCAGCGACAAGAUGCAGGGCCAGCUCCUAGCCGCUGCGCGCGGCGCCGACGGGGGCAAUGCCAAGUUCGCGUGGUAUGGCGCUCCAUCGGUGGAUGUGGCCGCGGCGGCGGUGGAGCACGGGUUCGGCAGGAUGAACAACCGGGUCCUUCUCCAUCGCGCGCACGGCGACGACGUCCACCUCUCGCUGCCUCGGUCUCCUUAUGCCAGCGCAAUGCUAGCAAAUGCAGAUGAGAACGGCGAGGCGCAUAUCAUGUUGUGCCGUGUUAUGUUGGGCCGGCCAGAGGCCAUCCCGGCCGGGUCCUCCAAGCUCCACCCCAGCAGUGACAAUUACGACAGUGCCAUCGACAACAUGCAGAACCCACAGUGGUAUGUUGUUUGGGGCAAGGACAUGAACAUGAGGAUCCUCCCAGAGUACGUCGUCAGCUUCAAGUGUCCCAACCUCCAUCAGAUGCAAGGAUCAUCGGGAGCGAACUCCACGCUAAAGAAGCCUUCGCCGGUGGCUCAUGACAUGUUUCCGACGCUUCUAGCAGAGAUCCAGUGGUUCAUGCCAUCUUCCAAGCUACAGACAUUGCAGGGGACCUACAAUUGCUUCAAGCCAGCUGCAAUGAAGUCCUCCAUAGAGAAGGGUUUGCAGAAAAUGAUCUUGGCAUCCCAGAUAAGCAGGUCGGGGUCAAAGCCGGUGCCCGGGGGAUUUCAAUGGAUCACCAACACGAGAAACUGAAAUGGCAGGACCAGAAAAGAUGGUCCCAGAUCUCACUGCAGCCGGAUGUGCAAGAACACAUCAAUGAUCAUCUGUGAGACUGUGACA